CUGUCUUCGUAGAAGACAGCCAGUCACACACCGAUUGGCACCAUGGCAGCCCUUAGACCUCUAACCAAGCCUAAGAUUGUCAAGAAAAGGACAAAGAAGUUCAUUCGACAUCAGUCAGACCGCUAUGUCAAGAUCAAGAAAAACUGGCGCAAACCCAGAGGUAUUGACAACAGAGUCCGCAGGAGGUUCAAGGGACAGAUUCUGAUGCCCAACAUCGGUUACGGUAGCAACAAGAAGACGAAGCACAUGCUGCCCUCAGGGUUCAGAAAGUUUCUGGUGCACAAUAUUAAGGAGCUGGAGGUUCUCAUGAUGAGCAACCGGACCCAUUGUGCAGAAAUUGCCCACAAUGUAUCUUCUAAGAAUAGGAAGCUGAUUGUGGAAAGGGCAGCACAGCUGGCCAUUAAAAUCACCAACCCCAAUGCCAGACUUCGCAGCGAAGAAAACGAGUGAUCGUGGCCGUCUUUGUACUUUCAUUGUUUGCUGAAUAAAAAUGUUAAAAUACCAA